AUGGCUCCAAUCUCCGACCUAUUAUCCCAACGUGCCAUUAGAAGCUUCACCCUAGGCGAAGGGGCAGAUUACUUCUGGGAAGUAAAGAAACUCCCACAAUACGACGCAGGAAAGAGACCAGAUGGGUUCAUUGAUCUUUCUGGAUCUGUGAAUAACCUUAUGCACGACUGGAUGCAGGAGUACGUCGACGAAGCGAUCCGCGGUAUGGAUGCUCAUUCCCUGCUGAACUACGGCCCCCUUCAUGGUUCAAAAGACGUUCAGCACGGUGCUGCCAACGUGUACAACAAAUUCUUUAGCCUGAAAUUUUCCAUUGAAGCCACGAAUGUUUUCGCAACCAAUGGCGUGAGCUCAGCCAUCGACAUGCUCGUCUGGGUCCUUGCAGACCCAGGUGACACAAUAUUGAUCCCAGUUCCAACAUUCUUCAUGCUAGACUUCGAUUUGGCAGUACGAAAUGGGAUCAAGGUGGUCAAAGUCAUCACAGACCAUCUAGAAGAUCCUUUUGGUCCCGGUUCUGCUGAAGAAUUUGCCGAAGCCAUUACCAUGGCAGCGGACGGCAUCCACGACAGUCGAGUACGUGCUGUAUUUCUCUGCAAUCCCCAGAAUCCACAAGGCCGUUGCUACUCCAAGCAAACCCUCCGCGCCUUGGCCGAAAUGUGCCGUCAACGAGGCUUGCAGCUGGUGGUUGAUGAGAUAUACGGCUUGUCGCAUUUCGGAGGCGAACUCGAGCCUUUCACCUCGAUCCUGGGUGCCACGGACCAGAGAUCAGACAAACAUGUGCACAGCCUCUGGGGCUUGAGCAAGGAUUUUGGAAUGGGCGGUCUGAGACUAGGAUUUAUUGUCUCUAGAAAUGAAACGUUGAGAAAGGCUUUGGCUAGGAUCUCUUGGUUCACCUGGCCGACCUCGUUUUCCGAUAGCUUUGCGUCUCGCCUGCUUCAAGACGAAUCUGCUUUUGAGAACUAUGUACGCACAUACCAAAGCCGGCUUGCGCAUGCUUAUGAGAAGGUAUCGGAAGCUCUCCUUCAACACCAGAUUUCAUUCCAGCCAGCAACUGCGGGGUUGUUCAUCUACAUUGAUCUUCGAAGGUGGAUCAAUCAGUUUGAGGGAGCAGAUGAGCCCGAGUUGCAGUUGUGGAAAUAUCUCGUGGAUUCAGGGGUUGGCGUCAAUCCAGGGAAGUUCGCAGGCAGUACCGAAGCAGGCUUUUUCCGGCUCGUCUUUACGAAAGAUGUGGAGGCUACUUUGCUUGCUAUCAUGAGGAUAGGAGCGGCACUCAAAAAGCUUGAUGCAAAUGCCCGAAAGAAGCGAGAUCACCCCCUUCAGCGAGUAAGAUCAGGGACCUCAGCGUGA